GGCGUGUACGCAUAGACGGUGGAGCACUUGGAAUUCGACUACAGCCAGGUUCUUAUCUGAGCGACAGGGAGAGAGUAACAUUGGACGGGACGUUAUAAUAACACAAAAUUAAAGGUUAAUUAAAAAACAUUCUUAGCACAGUAGGCCUAUAGAUGGCAAUAGUGUUUGGGGUGUGUGGUGGCGUAUUAAGAUGACAAAGUAGACUAGUCACUAAAUUGAUGUUUUGUUGGAUAGUCUACUACUGUAUUUUGGAGAAUGAGGCAAUGCACAUUAUUUAACUGCUUAACUUCAGAUACCUCUGUCCUGUUAAAGGUAAUUCAGGGAAGUGCCUGGAUCUGCAGAUUUCAAGUAACUUUUCAAACUAACCGAAAACCUGUGUUGGAAGUAACAAAUGUUGAAUUAAUUUAGGUCUCCAGCAGAACAACAUUUUAGAAAACAUCUUGGCAGCAACAGCCCCGAGACAAGGCGCCGAAAAAGUCCCACGGCUUCACUUUGCAUGUUUUAAUCCAGACUGCGAGUCUAAUAAAAACCUUGGCAAGCUAGGAUGGAUACCGCCGGCGGGAAUGUGACAGCAUCCCUCGUCUCUGGCAGUGGUAGCUUCAGCAGCAGCAGUAGCUGCACUGGUGGAAACGCGAAUGCGCCUAAACAUUUGUGGAGGCAACAGAACCAAGCAGCGCUCUCUCCGCUCCACCACGCGCUCGGAGUACGGACGAACAACCGGGUGAGAAGAGGAUUUUCGGACACCGAGAAAUACCUCAGCCCUAAGACCAUGGACCGAACUUAUGCAGUGGACACCGGGCACCGACCCUGUUUGAAGAAAUCGCGGAUGUCAUGGCCAUCCUCGUUCCAAGGACUUCGACGGUAAGGACAGCUUUAUCUCUGUCUCAAAUGAGAAUGACAAGGGCGUGUGUGAACAAUGGAAAGCGAAAAAGUAGGGUAAGUAGGCUACCAAAGGUGUAAAAGAUGUCGGAACUUUGGACAAGCUUUAGUUUUCAUUCCGUUGCCUAAAUAUUCGUCUUUUAGGUAGAUGUGAAAAAUAUCCUAUCCCGGUACUCGAGAAUUGUGAUUAAUCUAACCGACGAGACAAAGAGGGAUUUGUAAAUUAUGUAAAUGUGUGUGUAUGAUGCAUUUGCGAACGCAUGGUUUGCUCAUUCGUUUUUAGAUUGGACGUUUGCGCCUCAAUAGUUUCUGUUAUUAAUGAUAUGGAUGUCUUGAUUGAUGACUGUUAAAAACAU